GUGCCGGGAGCAGGUGUCGUCGCCAUGACCCAGUUUGAGGAGGUCCUGGACGGAGUGCGGCUAGCUCUAACCUGGGCCUCUCCCACCGAGAUCCAAGCGCUCCUGGAGGAUUUGGUGGAAGGGCAGAUAAUCUCAGAGGCCUAUGGCAAGAGCUUGAUUUGGCAGCAACUUACUGAGGGGAUCGCACCUGCAGCGUGUAAAGCGGGAUCUGAUCUGAGAGGAUUGACCACACAUUGGCACCUCGACCAAGGUCAGCUCAGCCAGGUGAAGAAUUUAGGGUCAGGAAAUUCUAUAGGAAGGGCUGUAUCAUCAGUGGAUGAACAUGACAGCAUGAGGUCUAGGCUAAAAAUUCAUCCUCUUAGUGAACAUCAAGUUGAUCCAAAACUAAAUCAAGAAUUGAGGGGAGGACCGGUGACGGACGAACUCUUCAAUCUCUUUUCUACCCCGAUGGGACGUGACUACCAGUGCAGUCUUGGUUUUGAUGACGAAAAUACAGAACUGCUGAGGAGUGCAGAAUUAAUGCAGAAGCCAGUAAGUGAUAAUGAAAGAGUGUUUAAGGGGAAUUUGGAAGAUGAGGAGGAGUGGUUAGAGCAGGUAGAGGAGGCGGCUAGGAGGAUAGCUGUUCCUCUGUGGCAGCACUGGGACAGAGGACAGAAGAUGCUGCUGCCACUGGUUCCUGCCAGCAUGACUGCUGCCGGCUGUGCAACAAGUGAAAACACAGCAAGAGACGGUGAAGCACAACGCCCUGUUUUAAAUAUGGAAGAGGAAACAGAGCUUGCAAUCGCUUGCAGGACAUUAGACGCUGACAACUUUGACUACACAGAGAUGGGGAUGACUGACCCGAGCUUCACAAUGUGUACAGACGGAGCAGCAAAAGGCCUCUGUGUCUCGACAUAUGACGCUGUGGCAACUACUGGACUGAAUCAUUUGAAUAUCUCCGGAGCAGAAAGAAAUGCCUCACCUGCUCAAGCCUGUGCAGCAACAGUCACAAACAUCACAGACAGGCUGCAGGGCAUUCUGGAUGCCUGCCGGGUAGCUGACAGUACAACAGAAGUGGACCUGCUCUGCUUGAUGGAAGGCGCACAAUGUGGCACGGAUGUGGGAUUUACAGAAGAUAUUGCACAUUUGUUUUCUCCAUGUGCACCAACAGAUACUCAAACUGACGCACAAGAUGACUCUUUUUACUCCAGCGUGGAUCAGAACAUGACAUUAGACAAUGUAGAAAAUGUUUGCAGGGCCGAGGAGAGGGUGGACUCACAGUGGGGUGCCAAGAUGCAGGACAUCAGUCAGGACCCGUUUCUCUGUUUGGGAGAUCUACCAGAUGAUUUAUCGGAAUUCCUGAAUGAUGAUUACCUUGGGAAGUUUGUGGACACAGGAGCGCUCUUUGACGAUCCCUGUCUCAACUGUGAGGAAGAACUCACCACCUGCUGUGAUCUUCCCCCGCCAAUGGAGCUGCCCGGCUUUGACAGCCUUCAGCAGAUACAGGAGGACAAAGUUACAAGCACAACAAACACCAGGAGAAAAAGAUCCAGAGGUCGACCAAAAACCGAAGAGCCACAGGCUGAGCUGACUGUCACUCAAGACACUGACACAGGGUCAGAGCUGAGUUCACCAGAGACGGCGGCCCCCCCAUCCACUCCCCCAAGAAUCCUUCAUCUCCAUCCCUCCAUUCAGUUCAUCACCAUCCCAGACAAUCCGGGAUAUCAGGUUGUUCAGACACUGAGUCUCUCUCCUCCAGUUAUUACACUUCCACUCCCCAACACAGCUGCUGCACCUACUUACAUUUUAGUUCCUGCUGCUUCACCACCCUUCAAACGUCAAGUCCCACCCCUCUCCCCGAUUGACGGUGCAGUUGCGCCAGUCCAGAUGAGUUCAUCCCCAUUAGGAUCUCUGUCGGAAACCGCUAGCACAGCCAUGUCUCCCACUUGUGCCUCACCCCAGUCUCCUAGCACUGAGAUGUCUGCAUGUAAGGAGUCACCCCUUCCUCAGUCUCCCACUGUCAUUGACAUUCCACAAGUUGUAAAGGACUACAUCCAGGAAGCCAAAGCCCAUAUGAGUCAAACCUGCCAGGAUAUGGAGGCAGGCCUUAGCCUGACCUCUCAUUACGUGGAUGUGCCAGUGAGCCAGAGAGAGACUCGCUCUGGAAAAAGCACAAACAAAACCCUGGAUAAGGAGCUUAUCAUCAUGGGAGACACGGAUCGGCAAAAGACCUUGUUGGGGCCGAGUCAGAUCUUCGAAGGCUCAAAUGUAGACAAACCCAAACGCUACAUAGUGCUACUCGGCAAUGCUGGUAUGGGAAAAACCACCCUGAUCAGGAAGCUGUGUCUCGACUGGUCCAGGGACCGCAUCCCACAGUUUGACUUUGUCUUCUUAUUAGAUGGAAAAUCACUCUCUUUAACAGAGGCGACCUUUAGCCUUAAGACCCUCCUCCUAAACCUCUCCUCCUUUGCUCCUUCCUGCAUGGACCCCGAGGCAGUGUACGCUCAGAUCCUCGCAGCCCCUAAGCGCGUGCUGAUCAUUUUUGAUGGGUUUGGCGAGUUGCGGGACUUUGAAACUCUUCUCCAGACUCAGGAAAAAGACAUUGUAGCAUCAUUGCAGAAAGACAGUAAAGCACAGAACUUCACAGUAAGACAUUUAUACUCUGGCAUCCUUCAGAGGAUGCUCCUUCCAGGCUGCACUCUUCUGCUCUCGACACGACCAAAAGGCACUGCCACCCAGCUACUCCGGCGGACAGACAGCAUUUUGGAGGUGUGUGGCUUCAAUCCCACAGACGUAGAGACAUAUUUGUCUCAGUACUUCACUGAUCCUGACCUCAGAGCAUCUGCUUUGGACUCCUUAAAAGACUGCAGCUAUCUCCACCUCCUCUGCUGGAACCCUGGACUGUGUCGGUUAGUCUGCUUGGUUUUAGAACAGUGCAAAAGUUCAGAGGACCUCCCGAGAACUUUAACUGGACUCUGCCAUCAAGUGCUUCGUCUGAUAAUGGAAAUGGACAGAAAGAGCAUGCACUCACAGGCUGAAUCUCAGUCAGAAACAUCUAUGCAAACAGAAGAAGAAGCCCAGACAGAAAUCUCAAGUAGUUCUCAAGCAAAAACGCAGCACAAAAACACUCGGAGAAAGUCCAGAGCACAAGUUCGCCCUGGCUCGCACACCCAACGAGCAAGGAGGACAAAAAAACAGGACAAAGAGGAAGAUGAUGGCGAUGGGGAGGGGAUGAGGAGUGCUGGAGAGGAAGCAGACAGAACAGAGGAGAAAGAGUUGCUGUCCCAGCUGAGUUCUUUGGCCUGGGAGUCAGUCAAAGCAAACACCUGCACCCUCCCCACAGGACGAACCAUAUCAGCCAAACUCAAGGCAUUUGGCCACAGGACAGGACUUUUCUUCUCUUGCCACCUGAGGGCGGGGCAGGUUGUCCCAAGUGGUGAGACAGAGGGAGGGGGAAGAGAGGAUAGUGAAGAAAUGGGAACUGGAAAGAAUGGAAAAAAGGGGACAGUCACUGAACAUGCUGACACUAGUGAUGACCACAUCCUGUUGUGGGCCAAUCCUUUUCUUCAGAGUUACCUGGCAGGGGUCCAUUUGUCUCUAUCAAGGACUAUAACAGACCGUGCCUUUCAUCCAACCCUCCCUUUCCAGUCAGGCCAGAAGGGGCGUCGGAGACCCCAAAGGGAGGAGCUUGAACUCACUCAGCGAUUUGCAGUCGGACUCCUGUUCCACGACAGAACAGAGCUGCAGAGGCUUCACUCACACACAGAGAAAACCUUCAGAGAUAUGGUUGCUGCCAAGCAGGCUUUAGUAACAAAACACCUUGAGGGUCUUUCCUACAGUGACCUGAGCCCCGCCCAGGUCCUGGAGGCGUGUCACUAUGUGUAUGAGGCAAACUCCACGCAUGGUGAUGGUAACAGAGACAGUGGCAGCACACAAUUAGUUGCCCACCUGGCAGCAAAUCUUCCGGAAGUUCUAACAUUUCGUGGAGUUCCACUUAAGCCGUCGGACGUGUUCACUGUGCAGCAUGUUCUCGAAAAGGGUGGAACUGAAGGUAGAAGGUUCUGUUUGGAUCUGGAGGAUUCGGGGAUACAGAUUUCUGGACUCAGAGCUCUCAUUGGGCUCAACAACAUCAACACAUACAGGGCAUGCAUUGCUGAUGUCAUCACCUUAUGGGAGCAGUUAGAGCAGAGUGGUGAAGAAGGUCUCCUACAGGGGACGGUGUCCAAAUUCAAGAUCCACCCUCUGAAAGCCACACAGGUGUGUCACAUAGAGCACCUGGCAAAGCUGGUGAACAUACAUGUGCACAAGAGGCUGUCAGACAGUUCCAGCCAAUCAGAUUCAAUCCUGGCAGAGGGAAUACCAGCCGUCAAAGAGCUACGCAAGCUGGAGUUUGACCUUGGUCCAGAGAAAGGUCCACUUGCUCUUCUCAAGCUGUGGGGGCUCCUGCCUGGUCUACAAAACCUCCAGCACUUAGAUCUGGAAAACAGUAAGAUAGGUGACAAAGGAGCAGAGAAACUGGCCGAUGCUUUAGUCUCACUCUCUUCCCUGGAGAUACUCAAUGUGUCACAGAACUGUAUCGGAGAUCAGGGGAUGAAGAGACUGGCAACCACACUGAGGGAUCUGCCCAAACUGCACUGUUUAAGUCUCUACAGUAACGUGAUUUCUGAUGAAGGGGCAGAGAGUUUAGCAGCUGUCCUCCCACACAUGGCUUCGCUCACUGACCUGGAUGUGAAGUACAACAAGCUAACAGACGUUGGCGCACAAAGCUUGGCAGCCAGUCUGAGAAACUGCAAGAAAAUGAAAACACUGAGGAUGUGGAACCAGUGUAUUCCAUACGGAGUGUUUGAGAGGCUUCAACACCAGGACAACCGGAUCCAGUCCUGGCAGUAGAGCCACAUGAAACCUCCUUACCAAAAUGAACUUUUUAUCAUGCAUCUCAAACAUACAUGUUUACACUACACAAUACAUUUUCUAAAACAUUUAUGUUGAAGAAAAAGGAACAAAGUGAAAGCGCAAGAAAGUGAAAGUGCACUAAAAGAAACUAAAAAUGAAGUUCUUUGCUGCUUUAGUCAAUAUUUGAUCUUGCCAGAGUCUUCCAAAGAUCCCACUCAGUGCCACAGGGGAGUAAUUCAUCCUUCAGCAUUACACAGUGCUGCAUCUGUGCACUGUGUGAGUGUGUUGUAAUUCUUGGUACAAUUUCAAGAAGCUCAUUUGCACUAUGAUAUGUGACUUUAUGUUGGUUGGUCUUUUUGUUACGCUGUUUUUAUCAAAUGUCUGCUACCAUGUGUUGUUUUUGUGACAUGAACAGAAUUUUUGUUUGCACUUCUCUCUGUUGGCUGUAAAUGAAACAUUGCUUAACAAUCACCUAGCACUUUAUUUUACAUAAAAUGUCUCGUCUUGUCACCAGAUACAUCGUUUUCUUUCCUCUUUUUUUACCGCUUGUCAUUUGACAUGUUCACUGAAGUUAUUGUUUUUUUUAAUAACUUCUUUCCCAACAGGUUUCUGUUCUCUGUUUUCAUCCAGCCUGACCUUUAUCGUGUUUUGGUGUUUGCCACUCUGCGUAGUUGACCAUAUUACUUUAUCUGCAUUAAGCCAUUAUUUUCCACCAAAAAUUUGCUGACUCUACAGGGGAGGCCAGACUUUCCCCUAUUGUGAUA